AUGCAGGACAUGCACGGACUGGACCCGAUCGACUCCUUAGCACUGGAGCACUACUUUUAUUCUUCCUGGCAAACUUUCUCCAAAGAUGCCCAGACGGAGGGCAUCUGGGUCAAUGUCGUGGCAGAUCUUGCAUAUAAUCACCAAUUCCUCUUGCACGGCAUUCUGGCCUGCACGGCAUUACACAUGGCUCAUAUCUACCCAGCACAGCGGGAGACCUACAUAAUACGUGCAUACGCUCGUCAAGACACCGCACUACCUCUCUACAGUCGAGCAAUUGAGAAUCCAACAACAAAUAAUUGUGAUGCGAUAAUGGUAUUCGCAUACCUCCUAGUCGUGUUCUCCUUCGCGACGGAACUGGAUAACGGGCAAAAUCCGCUUCUUCUCCUCUGCGACACGGGUACAGGUGUUCAGGAAAAUCAGUUAAUCCUACCUCAGUGGCUACAUUUUGUUCGGUGUGGAUGUAAUUUGCUGGACGAGGUCUGGGACCGUAUUGAGAGUGGCCCCGUGGGCAUUUUAGGUGAUGCAUGGGAGACUGAGCCGGAUGUUGGCGAUAGCAAACUUCCCUACUUGGAACAGUUUAUGUCUUUUGUCCCGCCUGAUGGGUCUUGGUCUGAAUCUGUUGUAUCGGUUUACCGGGACGCAGCGAGUGCGCUGGCUGGUGCAUUUGCGUAUGUGGAUCGUGAAACGACGAAUAUCGAUGUCAGUACGUGGAAUAUUCUGGGGUUAUGGUGUGUGCGUCUCAAAGAUGAUUUCUAUCGCCUUAUCUUUGAGAGGCAGCCUGGUGCCUUGCUUUUACUUGCAUAUUACUGUGUUAUUAUGAAGCGGAUGGAGACGUGCUGGUACUUUGGUGGGAGGCCGGCGAGACUUAUUGCUGCCAUUUCAAGCGUGCUUGAUGAACGGUGGCAUCCCUAUCUUCAGCAAGCUGCAGAUCAAGUCAACGGACCCGGAAAGAUAUAA